GCCCUCUCUUCCGGCUGUGGAGGAUGUCACAUCAGAGCAUGUGACCACAUGCCAGGGGAGACGGAGUGAUGCUCGAACCUCCCCUAGGGGCGCGUACGUGAUAUCCAUAUGCACCGCUGCACGGACAUCACAGGCCCCUACGUCAUUUGGUG